CAACAUUUUUUUUGUUUAAAUCAGGUUUUAUAUCACGUUAAAUAAAUUUAAGCGUAAUCUCAAAAACCUAACAGUCUUUAUCAAUUAAAUUUCGUAAUGUUAAAAGAAAUGAUCGGGUUUCUUCGAAUUGGUUCGACCCAGAACUUUCACCACAAGAUUCGCUCGAUAACCUUGUCCAGUGUUAAAGCAACAGGAGUUAAAAACAAGAAGAAAAUGGCUGGAAAAUUAACCGUAGAUGAUCGCAAAACCAAAUUGGAGCCUUUAUUUAAAAAUGGUUGGACUAUGGUAAACGAUAGAGAUGCGAUUUAUAAAGAGUUUAUGUUUGAAAACUUUAAUCAGGCUUUUGGAUUCAUGGCCCGUACAGCUUUGUUAUCAGAAAAAAUGGAUCAUCAUCCAGAAUGGUUCAACGUUUAUAACAAAGUACAAGUCACUUUAUCUUCUCAUGAUGUUAAUGGAUUAAGUGAACGUGAUGUCAAAUUGGCUACAUUUAUGGAAACUGCUGCAAAAUGUUUUCAAAAAUAAGAUGUGAAUAAUAAA